GCCACGGGAAAACACUUCGCUCUGAUUGUCCUCUAAUAUUGGCGGCAAAAUAGUCUGUUUUAUUUCACAGCACAUAGCCCUAAGCCUUGACAGCCAAUAGUAAAUCUGAAUUAGCUUCGCUAUUAAACGGGGUGUUGUUGAGCAAUGUCGUUGAUUCUUCGAAAUAUUGUCGGAAAGUUCCAUGGGUGUCAAUGUCGCUUGGCAAAGUUCAGUACAGCGGUUCAAAGUCAAUCAACAGAAAAUCAGGAAGUGACACCGAUUAUCUCAAAGAGAAGCUACAUAGAUGAGGAUCGGUUAUAUUUAAAACGUCGAGAAGUUUGGCUGGAGAAUCUUGACACAGUUGAUGCAAAGAAAUUAGGUUUAGUUUAUCUUCAUCCUGAAGUGUAUGGGGCACAGCCUCGUAUAGAUAUUAUUCAUGAGAAUGCCAGGUGGCAGCGCAUGUAUCGCUAUGUUUGCUAUGACCAUACGAAAACUCGUGCUGAAGUAAGGGGAGGUGGUCGCAAGCCUUGGCCACAGAAAGGAACAGGGCGAGCUCGUCAUGGAAGUAUAAGGUCUCCUCUAUGGAAAGGUGGUGGCAUUGCUCAUGGGCCUCGUUCGCCUACACCUCAUUUUUACAUGCUUCCCUUUUAUACUCGUGUUGCUGGUCUUGCUUCAACUCUUUCUGUCAAGCUAGCACAAGACGACCUGCAUUUGGUUAAUGAACUUGAAAUUCCAACGGAUGAUCCUGCUUACAUCAUUGAUUUAAUUGAUGCCAGAAAUUGGGGUCCAGCUGUUCUGUUCGUUGACGAUUAUGAUAUCAUGCCAAAAAACAUAACUAUGGCUACAGAUACAAUUAAACAUGUAAAUUUGAUGCCUGUAUAUGGCUUGAAUGUCUUCAGUAUGCUGAAACAUCAGACUUUGGUUUUGACUGAACGUGCUGCAAAGGCAAUAGAAGAUAAAUUAGUGUUCCACAUGAAUAGAACAGAUGCUGCUAGAGCUGGACGAAAAUUCCGACUCAGUCAAUAUUAGGAAACAUAUGAAUUGGUUGUUAUAAAUCAAUCGAAUAAAGAAACUUAGUAUGAAAAAAA